AUGGAAAUACCAGCAGGAAAAAGUGCGAAUAAAGAUAAUAUCAAUAAUAGUCAGUUGCACGAGGGUAACGAGAGUGGUUUGAAAAAUGACCAUGGCUUUUGUCCUGCUUGUGUAGCUUUGAAAGCUUUUAGUAACGUUUCUGAUAUUGCUGAAACGUUCCUUAAUGAGAUCAAAACUCAUCAUAAAUGUAUGAUGUUGCAAGACGACGAAUUCCUUCAAUGCUACGGAAUAAGCCGGAAUCCGAAAACUCGGGAAUUCAUCACCGUGUUAGAUUACGCGCAGACAGGAGACUUACGUAGUUUUUUACAAAAAAAUCAUGAUACUUUAAAAUGGGAGGAAAGAUGGUAUAAUUGUGUUAAAGAGAGAAAAGUCGAGACAAGUAUUUAUCAACAAUUCGCGAAAGCUGAUGAAAUGCCAGCAAUUAUUGAUGAAGAGAUUACUGUUACUAGUCCACAGGCAGUUUAUGCUAGUAGACUUAUUAAUUAUGUUACCAAGCAAUAUGACUUUGUUAUUUAA